AUGAAUCGUCUUCUGAAGCUGACCGUCUUCUCUUUAAUCGCAUCCUCUGCGAUUGCGACCGGCACUCCGGAGCAGGUGGUAUCCGAGGCCAACGCGGUGUCCGACAAGUCCGAUUUCUACAGCGAUCUCGAGAACCUCGACAUCCACAAGGCUCUUCACCUGUUCGAGAAGUUCCGUCAUGGCGUCUUCCGCCGCGACGAAGACGCUGUGGACGUUCUCAGUGCCGAGGAUAGUUCGCUGGCCGCCCGUCUGAACCUUAAGAGGCAGAACAGCUCGGCCGCAGUCGAGCCCUCAGCCACUGUAAUACCAUCCUCUCCUUCCUCCAACACUGAAGCUCCCUCUUCCACCACGGAAGCUCCCUCCUCCCACACCACUGAAGCUCCCUCUCCUUCAUCUUCUUCUUCCACUACAGAGGCUUCUUCUGCUUCUUCUGCUUCAUCGUCUGACUCGUCGACUUCUCAGGCGGAACCAACCACCUCAGCGGAGCCUACCACGCCGACUCAGAAGACCACCGUCGAGCCAACCACCACGGAGCCUACCACGACCGAGAAGCCCACAGCUUCCCCCACGACCUCGGAGAAGACUACCGAAAAGCCCACGACCAGUGAGAAACCCACUACCUCCGAGAAGCCCACUACCUCGGACAAGACCACCUCCGAGAAGACCACCGAGAAGCCCACCACCACCAAUCAACCCAAGCCCACCACCACCGACAAGACUACCAGCGAAAAGACCACCUCGGAGAAGACCACUUCGGAGCAGACCACCACCUCAGACUCCACCACCAGCAAGGGCCCAACCACCAUGCAAACCACCACCUCCGCCCCGGAGCCCACAACCACCGAACAAACAACCAAGCACACAACCCCCUACACCUCCACCUUCAAGAGCACUACCACGCUCCCCAACGGCGAGCAAAGCACCAUCACCUCCAUCACCGUCGUGCACCCCACCGAAACCGAGAUCGCCACGCCCACCGGUGCUGCCCCUGGCCUGCAAACCGACAACGCAGCCCCGACCACCGGUCUCACCCGCGAACUCUUCGUCAUGGUCGGUGGUGCCGCCGUCGUGGCCAUGGCCCUGUAA